GAAGAGCUCCCGAGCUCCCAGCCGGAAGCCGCCACCGCCCCAUCGCUCCCCCCUCCACCUGUUCGACGUUCCGCGUCUCUCUCCUCCGUCUGCGCUGAACCCGGCGACAAUCGAGCACAGCCAUGGCCAAGAACACGAUGUCGAACCGCUUCCGCAAGGUGGACGUGGACGAGUACGACGAGAACAAGUUCGUGGACGAGCCCGAGGAGGCGGCCGAGCAGCAGGGCCCCGACGAGGCCGAGGUGGACGCGGCGCUGCGGCAGGGAGACAUGGUCGCAGCUCUGAAGGCAGCUCUCAAGAACCCUCCUCUCAACUCCAAGAGCCAGAGCGUCAAGGAGCGAGCGGAGGUUACUGUGCUGAAGGUUCUGACCGCGUUCAAGGCGGCCGACAUGGAGCGUGGCGUGCGCUCGCUGGACCAGGGCAGCGUUGACCUGCUCAUGCAGUACGUCUACAAGGGCUUCGAGCGACCCUCCGAGAACAGCAGCGCCGUGCUGCUGCAGUGGCACGAGAAGGUGUUGGCGGUGGGCGGCCUGGGCUGUGUAGUUCGCGUGCUCACUGCCCGCAAGAUGGUGUGAGGGGCAACACAACCGUGGGCUCACCAACCAACGCCGCUCAUCGACCCCACUUCAAGUUUACCGCCAUCAUCACCCGUCGCCAACGCUCACAUCACCGAUGCUCAACGCAAACACCACCGCCCCAUACCGCUCGCUACCAAGUCCACCACCAGAGAUUUUUACGAUCGACGCUCGCCCCUUACCGCCACCGCUCACCGUCACCCUCGGCAUUCCCCUCCCCGGGAUUUGUUUGAAUGUUUUUGUAUGGCGAGCCGAGGGCUGCUGCUGCUGCUGCUGUGCCGCGGUGCAGCACACCAGUCGCAAUAAAUCCGCUUCUCCCCUC